AUGAUCACUAUACCACGAAUUCAAAAUAUUGAAUCAUCUCGUGUCGUUCAUGAACUUAUUUCAAAACCAUUAGGAACAUAUCUUAUACGAGCUUCGACUAAGAAUGAUGACAUAGUUUCACAAAUUAAAACUCAAUUAGAAACAAACUCUUGUCCUUAUGUUGUUUUAUCUGUACGUGCCGAUGAAACUUUGUAUCCAUCUCCAAUAAUGAAUUAUCGUUUACCAUUGAUUGGACCAAAUGGUGAACACGAUACUAUAAAGAUCUUGGAAGAAUAUAAACAAAAUGAAAAUAAUUCUGAAAUUGAUGAAUUACCAACAUUAAAACAAGAAUGCAUUGUUACAGAAGGAGAUACAAAUUGGGAAAUUAAACGAAAUCUUUUUCAAAAAUCUUAUAUCUAUAUCUAUUCAUCUGAUGAUGAUAAUAAUGAUAUAGAAGGAAGUACAAUAUGUAACUUUCAAGAUGGUAGUAUGACAAUCGAUGUAUAUAAUAAACGUAUGAAAAAUGAAGAACAAAGUUUUCAACAUGAAUUUUCUAUACUAAAAAACCUUUCUUAUUUUCAUAUUGUUUCAUUUUAUGGUAUCUGUUAUGAAUCAGAUCAAAUUAAAUAUUUAGUUUUUGCAAAUAACGGAAAAUCAUUAAAAUCAUUAUGUCCGAUAGUUGAAGAUACAAAAAGACUUUUGGUUAAAAAAUUAUCAAUGAUUGGAUAUCAAAUAGCUUGUGGAAUGAUUUAUUUAGAAUAUAAACAUAUUAUUCAUCGAGAUUUACAUUCUAGAAAUAUUCUUAGUGAUAAAAAUGAUUAUGUAAGAAUUGCUGAUUUUGGUCAUGCUAUUAUAAAAGAUGAUGAUGAUGAGAGAUUUCAGCAAUCAAUAAAGAAUUCAAAAUUGAACUUUCAAACACGUCGUUUAGCACCUGAAUGUUUAUCAUCGCCUCCUCAAGAUGGACAACUCAUGGAUUCAAUAGAAACUCUAUUAACUAGAUUCUCUUCGAAAAGUGAUGUAUGGGCAUAUGGACUUAUAUUUAUAGAACUUAUGAUGAAAGAAAAUAACGAUGUAUAUCCAUAUUUACCGAUCAAAAGUAAUAAUGAUGAUGAGAUUAUUCAAAUUAUUCAACAUGUUAAAUUAGAACGCAUGAUGCAUAAGAAACCAGAUAAUUGUCCUAAAAGUAUUUAUGAUAUAUUAGAAAAAUGUUGGAGUUAUAAUCCUGAAGAUCGUAUUUCAUUUUGGGAUAUACGAAAUGAAAUGAUGAGAAUCUUCAAAUCACAAAAUAAUUAA